AUGAACAAUUCCCAAUCUUUUGUUUCUCCAACUCCUUCUCCAUCAAAUUCUCCUCGAUCUAAUACCAUGCUUUAUCUUGAAUUAUCAGCUAUGAUAUGCAUUUGCAUCGUGGUAACUCUUUUAUUCUUCUUACUUCAUAAAAAUCGUAAUAGGCAACGCGAUCGCCUUCGAAUUCGAGAGCGUGAGGGUAGCGAUUCCGAUCCAGAAACCCGAGAAAGGCAGGGAAUAGCGCAGGAAGCCUUGGAGCAAUUACUACCUCUCACAAAUUAUGGUCACCAGCUGGAUAAAUCAGAGAACUCAAGUUACUGUGUCAUUUGCUUGGAAAGUUUCACCGAUGGCGAACCUUGCCGAGUUUUUCCUGUGUGCAACCAUAUUUUUCAUUCAAGUUGCAUUGACGCCUGGUUGAAGGAUCAUUUAACCUGUCCCGUUUGUCGAAUUAGCUGCAAGGCAAAUGUGUAG